GAGCUCUACCUCGCACACACAGACACAUGGAGCAGGAUAAGACAUCGGCGAGACUUUGAGACUAUAAUCAUACGCACAGACAAGGAGCUACUGGACAGCACUGAUCCCCUCCACCUGUCGGCACACUGUUCAACCUCUCUCUGAAUGGACAGUUAUUUUCUUGAUCAAGACAGAUCUGAUGGAUUCUGGCCUCGGUUAUAUUCAAGUAAAAUGGAGGAUAGUUUUGAUUGCGACUGUGGCGAGCUUGAGCCACCUGAUCACUGAGGGUGAAAAUUUACUUUGAAGACUCCAGGCCAGACUAAUUUCAGUUUCUUGGACCAGCAAAUGAGACAGAGAAAUUUGAGAUAAAAAUAAUCAGGAAAAAGUACAUCUGCCACAUUUUGUAUGAAGCUGCUCAGGACCAGUCAUACACUGAAUGUAUCUGUACUGUGAGGAUGCAACUACAGGCUUUCAUAGUUUAAUGCAAUUUCAGUGGUUUGGCACCAAAUCCCCCUCUGCAUUCGCUUGUUAAACACUAGUCAAAUAAGGGUGGAGUUAAGGAUAUCUACACCUCAGCUUUCAGUGAGGAAAUUAAAUGUGAAGUUUAUCCUCUUUACACAACAUGGAAAGACAUUUCAAUUGCUGUUUACUUCCCACCAUCUGACAGUGACAGACUGGGGUGGAAUCAGUGGUCAUCAGUCCAGGGGUCACGUUAUUUUAGUCUUCACAUUACUGGGGCACUCUGCUGGAUCGCAUUCUUUUCAUUUCAAAACUGAAACUAAACUGCUGAAGGCCCAAAACGGUUGACAUGGCAGAGAAGUUUGAGUCACUGAUGAACAUCCAUGGCUUUGACCUGGGUUCUCGCUACAUGGACUUGAAGCCUCUGGGCUACGGAGGAAAUGGCCUGGUGUUCUCCGCUGUUGAUACCGACUGUGACAAGCGUGUAGCUGUAAAGAAAAUUGUCUUGACUGACCCCCAGAGUGUGAAGCAUGCCCUUCGGGAAAUCAAGAUUAUCAGACGCCUUGACCAUGACAACAUUGUCAAGGUGUUUGAGACAUUGGGCCCCAAUGGUUGCAGGCUAACUGAGGACGUGGUGUCUCUGACAGAAGUCAAUUCAGUUUACAUUGUACAAGAGUACAUGGAGACAGAUCUGUGUCAGCUGCUGGAGAGGGGUCUUAUCACAGAGGGCCACGCUAGGCUUUUCAUGUACCAGCUUCUAAGAGGCCUCAAGUACAUCCACUCUGCAAAUGUGCUGCACCGUGACCUCAAGCCUGCCAACCUGUUUGUCAACACGGAGGACCUGGUACUGAAGAUUGGGGAUUUUGGGUUGGCCCGCAUCAUGGACCCCCACUACUCUCACAAGGGUCAUCUUUCUGAAGGCCUGGUGACCAAAUGGUACAGAUCUCCCCACCUGUUGCUCUCUCCUAACAACUACACCAAAGCUAUCGACAUGUGGGCCGCUGGCUGCAUCUUUGCUGAGAUGUUGACGGGGAAAACGCUUUUUGCAGGAGCUCAUGAAUUGGAGCAGAUGCAGUUGAUUUUGGAGUCCAUCCCAGUACUACGAGAUGAAGACCGACAGGAACUCCACACUGUCAUCCCCGUCUUCAUACAUAAUGAUAUGUCCAAGCCCCACACUCCGCUGGCCAAGCUGCUGCCUGACGUCAGCCCUCAGGCUCUUGAUUUUCUGGAGAAGAUCUUGACCUUUAACCCCAUGGACCGUUUGACUGCUGAAGAAGCCCUGGCCCACCCCUACAUGGCUGACUACUCCUUCCCCCUGGAUGAGCCUGUCUCUCUACACCCCUUCCACAUUGAGGAUGAGGUAGACGACAUCCUCCUCAUGGACCAGAGCCACAGCCACACCUAUGACAGGUAUCAUGACAGCCAGAUGUCAGAGGCUGACUGGAACCUGCACAGCACCCACGACCCAGAUGAAGUUCAGGUUGACCCCAGGGCCCUCUCUGAUGUAACAGACGAUGAGGUGGUCCAGGUGGAUCCACGCAAAUAUUGUGAUGUCGAUCGGGAGAAGUUCCUCGAUGAGCCAUCUUUUGACUGCUCAUCUGUGUUCUCCCAAGACCGCUCCUGGCAGGACGAGCAUCACGAGAACAAAUACUGCGAUUUGCAGUGCAGUCACACAUGUAACUACAAGAUCGUGUCUCCCUCUUACCUGGACAACCUCAUAUGGAGGGAAACUGAAGUUAACCACUACUAUGAGCCCAAACUCAUCAUUGACCUUUCCAACUGGAAAGAGCAGCAGAACAAGGAGAGAGCUGACCGCAAGGCCAAGACCAAGUGUGAGAAGAAUGGGCUGGUGAAGGCGCAGAUUGCACUGCAGGAAGUGGAGAAUACUCAGAGUCUGGUGGAGAAGUACAAAGAGCAGGAGAAAUACCAAACGCAGCCCCCAAGCCAGCAGAACCAAGGCUUUGACUUUGACUCCUUCAUUGCCAGCACCAUUAAACUGAGCCUGCAGCCAGAUCCCUGUCAGGAGGUGGCUCUGCUGAAUGAUGUGGGCCUCUUGAAUGAGCUCAACUUCUCAGUCUCUCAGCUGGAGGUUCCUCGCUCAGGCUCCAUGUCAAAGUCCAUAAGUCAGGAGAAGGAAGAGAAGUGUCUGGUUAACCUUGCCCAGCUCGGAGGAGGGGGGUUCGGGGUUGUCGGUGGGGACAGAGUCUGGCCGGCUUGCCCGUGGGAGAACUUUGGCUGUGGUGAGCAGGUUGUGGAGAACGGCUGCUUGAUAGACGAAGCUUGCUGGGACAUCCGCAAAGAGGACCACUUCCAGAAGGAGAGCACCUACACCAGCUACCUGGACCGCCUGUUCAGUCGGAAGGAAGAGGAGGUGGGAGACCCAGUGGCCGGCCCAGAGUCUGAUCCCUCAGAGGGGGGAGAGAGAGAUCUGGAUGAAAGCUUCCUCAGCAGGAACACGGAGAUCGUGUUUAAUAUGCAGCUGGACUCUCUGGCCCUGCCGGGGUUUGACGGCACCGACGACUUGCCUCUCAAGUCCAUCCAGACGCCUUUUAGCCCCUGUCCUGUCAAAUGCUCACCACAGAUUGCCCACAAAACAUACAGCAACAUCAUCAAACAUCUUAAUUAGAAUAUUGCUCACAGUGCAAAAUUUAAGCAGUUCUAUUUUUUUGAUAUGGUAAAUAUUAUACUUGAAUCAUUUCAUAACUUUUUAUUACGGUUAUGUUUUAAAAAUUUUUUUUUUUUUUUUUUUAAUGCGUUAGGACGGGUGAUUUCUUAUAUUGGAAGAGUUUUUGUCAUCACUCUGAGCCUUGAUCACCAGGCCUUCAUGGGUCAUUGUGUAUGGGGCUUCAUUGCUGGACUGGCACGUCAUUCACACACUUGAGUACUGUAGAUGAAAGGAGGAGCUGGAAGAUAAGUGGAGAGGAUCCGU